GGGUGGUGACGUCACCCGUCCCAGCGCGACCCUGCUACUUCGGCUUUGAUUGGAGGGAAACCCCGUGGACGAGCCGGAGCACGAGCGAGCGAGCGAGCGAACGAACGAGCAAGCCAUCAUCAGCUGUGCGUCCCGAGAAUCAGGAAUCGGGAGUCAGGAAACAAGAUACAAGCGCCGUUUUAACGACCACCACAGCCAACGCAGCAGCCAUGUCGGACAGGGAGACCCUGGUGCAGCAAGCCAGACUGGCAGAGCAGGCCGAGCGCUACGAUGACAUGGCGGCGGCCAUGAAGGAGGUGACGGGGAGCAAUGAUGAGGAGCUGUCCAACGAGGACCGCAACCUGCUCUCAGUUGCCUACAAGAACGUGGUGGGCGCCCGAAGGUCCUCGUGGAGGGUGGUGUCCAGCAUAGAGCAGAAGUCGGAGGACAGCAACAAGGCCACCCUGGCCAAAGAGUACAGGGUGAAGAUCGAGAAGGAGCUCAACGACAUCUGUAACGAAGUUCUGGACCUGCUCAACGAUCAUCUGAUUCCCAAAGCUUCUGCUGCCGACAGCAAGGUCUUCUACCUGAAGAUGAAGGGCGACUACUAUCGCUACCUGGCGGAGGUGGCCUCUGGGACCGAGAAGGCCGAAAUCAUCGAAAACUCCAAAAAAUCCUACCAGGAAGCCUUGGAGAUCAGCUACAGUGACAUGCAGCCCACUCAUCCCAUCCGCCUGGGCCUGGCUCUUAACUUUUCCGUUUUCUACUACGAGAUUGACAACUCGCCCGCAGAGGCCUGCAACCUCGCCAAAAAAGCCUUUGACGACGCCCUUGGCCAGCUGGACUCGCUCAACAGCGACUCGCACAAAGACAGCACCUUGAUCAUGCAGCUGCUCCGUGACAAUCUGACUCUGUGGAUGUCCGACGUACAGGCAGAGAGCGACGAGACGGAAGCCCCAGCGGAUGCGCCGGCAGAGGCAGCAGACAAGAACUGAACUCCUCUGUAAGAUGAAAAACAAAACAGAAAAUACUUUUUUUUUUUUUUUAAUUAUUACCUCUCACCAGCCUAAGUUGUGUGUGUGUGCUCGUGCGUGUGCUCAUACAUGCACAUAUAUGUAUGUUUACGCUCCGCUCACAGCGUGUAAAGUACAGUAUGUUCAUCGAAAGAACACCUCCACUGAUUUUUAUUUUUGAAUGAGCAUUACUCAAUGUGUCAAACAAUGUUUUUAGUUAAGUCUAUGUAUCCCCCUUUUUUUAUUAUUUUUUUAAAGUUCCAAAUUAGACCGUAGUUUAUGGUAGCAAGCUGCCACUGUUACAGGACAAAAACGAACCUCAAACUAUAUUUUGAUACUUUGUAUGUUUUUACUUGAACUAGUGUGACACUUGGGUCCGCAAAAAAAAAACUUUGAAACACAUCAACUGAAACAAAAAAAUGGUCAUCCAGGUCUGAUACUUGUCCGGUUUACACACGCACACAAAUCCAGGUUUCAUCUGACAAAAUUAGUGGUUAGGCCGUGGUCAACGUUUGUCGUUUUCACGUCGCCCCGUUGUUACUUUUUACGGAAGGUACAUGCGUCACACUGGCUCAGUGGGUUCUAGAUGCGCUCGAGUAGCAUACAUGCUAAGGUUCUUUGUGUGAAUGGACUUUUUUUUUUUUGUGUCCAACAUUUUUCUUUUUUUUUAUGUGACAGUUACGUUCCAUCACGCUGCCAUUUUCUUCCGUUUAUAUCCUGCAUACUUUGCCUUUUUAACAAAACAAAAAACGGCCUGAUACUGUAACUUUGUUUUGCUACUUUUUCUAUCAAGGUGUUUAUUUUGUAUUACCUAUUUGUGUGUAUUUUAUUCCCUCUUUGACCCCAGGAAUGUAUGCGUUUCUCGUAGUGUGGCGUGAGAGGUAGGUGUGCUUUGAAAUUGGCACUUAUUUUAUUUUUUUAAAUUUGAUUUUGCUUAGAAUUUAGCUUGAACCAAGUGAAGCAUUUGCGCCGUCCGUUUUGGAAGUCAAAGUUGAUGCUAAUUUGCUAAGUAACUAGGAAACUGCGUUUUGGACCAUUUAGUCGACACAAAUUAGUGCUGGUUUCUUCUAAUCAAUGGUGGGUAAAAAAAAAAAAACUAUGGAAAUUAAAAAAAUAAAA